AAAAACAAAAGAACAUCAGAAAUAAUAAUUAUUAUUUUAAUUUUUCAGAGUGUUGCCUUAGUAACUGGCCCACAACAGCCUGUUUACUGACUGGGGGCACUCCACAGACAGAACAGACAGUAUUCCCUCACAUUCCCACAAAUUCCCUCACAUUCUCACAUAUUCCCACAUGUUCCCACACGUUCCCCCAGUCACAUAGCAAGCCAACCUCUUGUCUCCCCUCACACUAUGGUGCACAUCUGCGGUCUCUCGCUGAGAACCAGCCUUUGUGGAAGAUCAAAUAACAGUAGUCAUUUUCACCCUGCCCCACUACAAACACUCAGUUGAUAUUCAGGACUGUAAAUCACUGUUCUGCAAGUUGUGACUUCCCAUCGCAAUUCUCUGUGGAUUUAGUUCUCUAUAGUUUUAGUCCAGAUAUUAGGUUACCUUACUGGAAAACAUAUGAACAAAGCAGGCGGUUCCGCAUUUAGGAAUUUCAAAGUUGGUUAUGUAUAUUCUCAUAACGUAUGGUGAGCUUUGCAAUAGAACUUUCGCCUUCCAACAUGUUUGAUGAUUAUAAUUUGGAGUCAGAUACACUGGUUUUAAACCUUCACUCUGCCUUUUUCCGUUGCUGGUGCUAGGUAAAAUGGUACAAAACAAACAAAACAUUUAACAGUUCAGAAUUAUGUGUUCAUCGGGAGUAAACGAUUCCUGCUGUCUUGAUUUACUGUUUUCUUUGCAACUUUUGGUUCAGUAUUGAUCGGAAAAUAAUCACAUGAUUUUUUUUAUUUUUAUUGAAACAUCAAAGUGAUUAAAAACUGCUGUGUCCUGGCAACAGACCCGAGGCUAGUCACUUCCUUUUUCUUGCUGCCUAUUAUUCCGCAUUCCUCCUGUCUGGGGAAAGUUGGAGAGCGCAAUCGGGUGGAUGCUGCCUUUGUCCAAUAACAAUAAUAUUAUUCCAAUAACAUUUUUCCAAGGCUCGAACUGGACCCACAACCAUGGACGUCCUUCAUCCUGCAUCUUUCAAUGAUUCCUAUGAUUACAGCUAUGAGGACUAUUACAACAUGGAAUCAGAAAAGGAAUACAGACCCUGCGAGAAGCAUGAAGUCAGAACAUUCAGCCAAGCAUUCCUGCCAGCUUUCUUCUCCAUUACAUGUGUACUCAGCUUCAUAAGUAAUUUAACUUUAAUCACUAUUUUCAUCAAGAGUAAGUCUCUGCGGAAAGUGUUUCCCCUCAACAUGGUCACCGCAGAUCUUCUGUUUACGUUAACUCUUCCCUUCUGGGCUGUUUAUGCACACGGGGAGUGGAUCUUCGGGCCCCACAUGUGCAAGGCUGUCACAGUGUUCUACAUGGUGGGCUUGUUCAGCAGCAACCUGUUUGUCGGAUGUCUGACCCUGCAGAAGUAUGUAUGUGUAGCUCGCGUGUGUGUGGGACGACUGAGUGCAUGCAGGAAGAACACGCUGGCAUGUGCUGCCGUCUGGCUCCUGUCAAUUUUAGCUGCCACACCACAUCUCAGCUUUGUGGAGGCUCAUGAGUUCCAGGGGCAGAGGAUCUGCAGCUAUAACUUCAUGCACACACACGGCUGGAGGAUCUACAUGAGGUUUCAAAUGAUCAUCCUUGGAUUCUGCGGACCCUUCCUGAUCUUAUUGUUCUCCUCCUGUGCUAUUUUCCGCAUCAUGGCCAGGAGGACUUCACUUCCCAAAAGAUCCAGGACCCUGAAAUUGGUAAUGGGAUUUACAAUCUUGUUUUUUGCCCUCUGGUUCCCUUACAGUGUGGUGAACUUACUGCAUGCUUUGCAAGAGCUUCAUAUCAUAUCUGAGUGUGUGAUAAGCCUGCACCUGGACCUGGCCAUUCAGAGCACAGAAUGUAUUGCGUUCACACACGUUUGUCUGAAUCCUUUGGCUUAUCUCCUUCUGAACCAGAAGAUCUGGAGGAAAUUACAAGGGAAAUAUACAACCUCCAACUAUUUGAUUAGUGUUUCUGAUAGCAGUGACGACGGGUUCAGUCAGAAGGACACACUCGAGCUUAAAGGACUGCAGAGGUUCUCCAGCCCUGACUUAGAUAGCUCCUGCACCGAACAACAAGGUCACGUCUUACCACACAUUACAUAGUCUAUCAGUUCAAACCUAUGUCAUUUCAGUGUCACCCCGAUAAUGGCAUGUAGUCUACAUCUGAGUCCAGAAUCAGGACUACAGAGACCUCAAAAUUAUUUUACUAUUUAGCUCUGCUUUUGUAGUCUGACUGCUUAAUGCUCAUUCUGUAUUUUUAUAGGACUUUUAAUAUUGCAUUUUAAUCCACACAACAUAUUAGACCAUGUUUUGACUCCUGAUGGAUGUAGCUAGAAGGGAAAGAAAUCCAGCACCACUCUUACAUAAGUAUAAGUAAUAGGACUUUGUGACAGGGGUUUCCUGUCUGUGUGCCAGGCAUCCAAAGUAGAAAACAUUCCCCCCAUGAUUAUAGCUAUGUGUGAUGAUAAGGCCAUUCAGAAAAAUGUUUCUUAUCUAGAAAUGUGAGCAAAACAUUUAACAUUUCAUAAUUGUUUUCUACAAUUAUUCUAAUAUAAUUCAUAUAUCAACAUUUUCUGCUGUAAUUUUGGUUUAUACCCAACUUCAAAUGAAAAUAUUUGAUUUAUCUAUAGAGGCUACUAGAUAAAUGACUAAUUUGUCUGGCAACAAGCUCACUUGCUAAACUUGCUGAUUCAGGACUACAUAGGACUUCCAACACUGUGGAAAACAGAAGUUGGUAAUUUCUAGUCCCUCAGGUCAUGAACUUUAUUCACAUGACCAAAUGUGUCUAGAAGUCAUGAAUCAUGACCAUGUGUCAUCAGCAUUAAACAUUGACUAGAAAGGGGUGACCCUCUUCAGCAAAUAUUAGUUUAAAGUGAGAUCCCUGUGUGUAAUAGUUAGCAUACGGCUAAGAUGGGUCAUUUAGUUAUGCCAUGAGUGAGUGACCAUACGGUCACAAUACUCAUUAAUGAAAUCUAAUUCCUGACUUAUCUGCUGGUGUAAAAUGUUAACAGGUGCACAAAAUAUUAAGUUCUCUUUCUCAGUAUGUUCACACCAUUUAUGAUCAAAUAUUACCAUCUCCACAGAACAGCGUGGCAUUUGUCUUAAGGUAGUGGUCAGUAUAUUACUGUCAGCUUUUAGUGUGAACCUGAAUCCAACUAGAACAUACACAUAGAGCACCACCAACCACCAUUGGACAUACAUACAUACAUAUAUACAUAUACAUAUAUAUAUAUACACACACACACACACACAUCUAUAUAGUUACACAUUUCACAUUCAUACAGGACAAUUUAGAGUCUCCAAUCAACCAAAACUUCAUGUUUUUGGACUGUGGGAGGAAACCAGAGACCCUGGAGGAAAUCCCAUACAAACGCAGGAAGAACAUGGAAACUCACCUAAGACCCUAGUGCUGAGAGGCAAAUGUCCAAGGUUUCAUGGCAGAAAAAGACCUGAUAAUUCUAGCCCAGAAUAAUACUGUGUUUAAAGGCUAAGCAUCACCUAAUGACCUCCCUGAAGAUUUCACAUUAUCUUAGCCACUUCAAAAAUGUAUACGUGGAUUAAAAUGAAAAUAACAUGUUUAUUACUUUAAAAAUGACGAAUACAACUAAAUGGCGCAAAAACAUGAUGUCGCUCCAGAAAUUCGCUGAGUGACGUCACUGACUGGCAACCGUGAACAACGCCGUGAUCAAAUACCAUUACGACUUGGACCGUGAAUUUUCCAGUGCUGGUUCUUCAGAUUCCAAAUAUAUUUUUUAACUAGUUAACGGUGCUCUCUUUUAACAAAUGUCUUAGCUAAACUAGCUAAUGCAUUUGCUUUAGUGGUGUAAUAUGUUUUCGGGAGGUUAAUCACAUAUGUCUAGGUUAUAUAUAUCUGGCCUUGAAUGCAUUCUCAUUACCUUCUCUUCUGCCUUGCUGACUUAAGUGAAUUUCUAGUGCUAACUUCGUAUAUUGAAAUAACUUAAAUAAACUUAGUGUUAUCCAUUCAAGUAUUUGGAAAGAUGCUGGAUCAUUAUGGGAAACAUAACUAGCUAGCUAAAUAACGAACUUUAAGACGCUUCACACUGAGCUAUUAAUGACGAUAGCUAGCUAGCUAAACGCAAAGGUGCAGUUAUCAGUGUUGUUGUAAAAGCAUAAUACGUUGAAUACACAUUCAUAAAAUAGUCUAUAAAUCUCCGUAAUAAACCUCGGUGGAGUAGUUUUAGCCUAGUAACAUUAUGCCUUGAGCCACCAAGCUUAGCAAGUCAGUCAGAUAGCUACUAACCCAGCUAGCUAGCAAGACUAGCUAAUGUUAGCUAACGUCAACUAAAAUGGGCAAAGUAAUCGCACUUACCCCGUUUACUUCCACAUACAGUGGCUCUGGAACACAACUCUAUUUUCUUUACAUGGCCAUAUUGUUGGAAAAGCAGCAGUCUUAAGAUUCAGUCGUCGUGAACCCAUCUUUGCACCUCAUAGUUGUGGUAAAUCACAACAUAACGGCGUCAGCGGAUUGUCCUUUCCAAUGUGCCAUUUUAAAGUUGACAUAUUUUGUCAAUGUUUUGUAUAUUUUGGGGUCUUUGGGCUAUUUCUACACGGGGGUCCCACUGUACUUUGAAUUAUUGCAGCCAAAGACAACACACCUUUUGGUCAUUUUGCAUCACCUACAGUUCAAACUUCUUGAGUUGUUGCCCACCAUCUACGUCACAGGGACGACUUUUACGAAGAAAGCGGGCGAAGCUAAAUAACAAAACGUUAAGCCGCAUUCCUUGAGUUUGUAAAAAAAAAAUGUUUUCUAUCGAUAAUCACAAGUUAGAAACUCAGCUUUCACUGUAACAUUUUCAUAUUAACUGGUGCUGCCUGGUUAGUAAUUACACUUCUUCACAUUUGAACUCUCGUAUAGUGAUUUGAACUUUUGGUCCUUUAGGUUUUCCCCAGAUUGCAUCUCUCAGACACAAAGUGCAGCAAACACAAUCUGUGACUUGCAUGUUUCACAGGUUUGAUUUGCUUUGAUUAGCUCAUUUCAUAUUUUACACAAACAAUAUCCACACUGACGUACCAUAUGGUGCCUAUAAUAGAAACAGGAACAGUCUGGGAUAACACAAAAAAGUCCACAUACUUAUUUCCAUUGUGGUCCCUUAUACCAAAUCACACAUUAGGCAGCAGAUGAAAAUAUAGCAAAUGUGACAUAAGUCAAUUAUCACAAUACAACUGCAUACCUAAUGUAUCCAUCUAAUUAUUAUCCAUACACCCCUCAUGUAUCAAUUAUUAACAGCAUAUUUAAAACCUUGCACAGUAUCAAUCAUUUUAAAACACCUUGGCAACCGAUUCCAGAGUUGCAGCUAUAUACAUAAAGAAACCAAAUCUAUGGUUCUUCUUCUAGUAGAAUAACUAUGAACUUCUUGCAGGUGCACAAAAUAAAUUUAAAAUACUGUGGAACAACCCCGUGCAAAAUCUUAUACACCUUACAUAACUCUCAUCAAUGCAACUCUGUGCUGCACCUUUUAGCCAUCCCAUAAGGUUUAAAAUAACCUUAACCAAUCUGAGAAGUUUGAAAUCCCUUUUUAAUGUACUUUGGAAUAUCAUCAUAGGUUCACGUGUUUCUUCUUGUCCACAGGGUCAGAGUCUUCAGCAAGUCAAGGCCA